AUGGCCGACGCGAACUUGCAUCGCGUGGUACAGACUACAGCUUUUGAGCUCAGUGCCACGCCCGGCUACAAGUGGUAUGGCGCGACAACCGCCUUCGACGUCAAGUGUGCCGCGGAUGCCGAAGACCAGUGCAACAUCUUCACCUCGCCCUUUCUCGACUGGGUCCCUCAAUUCCCCCGUAUCAGCGCGCAAGAGAUUAUAACGUACAGCGAUGGGCUCUGGGGACCACAGGAGUACACGCGCUGGCCGCAGUUGUAUAACGAGCGGUGUCUCCAUCAUGCCUGUAUCCCUACUUCCGACGCCGAGUUCGCGCCCGGAGCACAGGUAUACGAAGGCUUCGGGUACAGUCCCUGGGAAGAGUCUAUUUCGUGCGGUGUUCCUGGCUUCGGGUUUCUGAAGCCCGAGGUCCUCAAUGAGUUGUACUCCAUCGCGACCGACGUUCUCCAGAGGUACGAUGCCGCUGAGCGAAAUACCAUGAAGCGAGACGCCCUCCUGUUCAACCGGGAGUCCGGUAUACACCACAGACUCGGCAAGAUGUUAUCUAUCCUGCUGAGGAACGCUGUCGACCGCCUUCGAAUGCUCCCGACCACCGAACAGCACGCCUUGGUAACGGGUCGCAUGGCCCACCGCCUUAUCCUGGAGUUGAGCGGGCUGACCGUCUUCUACAACGAAGUUGUUAUUCGUAUGGCUAGUCCGAUUUCUCAUCAUCCUUGGGUUCUUCCAGUGCUCGGGGCGUUCGUGCGCACUGAUGCUGCCGCCCAACUAUUCUAUCGCCUCGGCCUACCCUUCUGGCACAUCCGGCCGUGGUCGCGUGUUAUGAAGAUUGCACAGGUCGUCAGCCCGCGUCAUUGGUCCAACAUACUUAACGAUACACCCGCUUGGCCGCGGGUCCCAAAAUCAUGGUACGACCCCGACGGCACUCACCAGGAUCCCGGACGCUGGACGCACCCCUCUGUGGUGUUUGUAUGUAACAUGACGUGCUCUUCUGCGCUUCCUCAUCUCCAGGCGGUGAGCCGAGCAGAGGGCGCGGAGGCCGAGGCCAAGCGAUUCAAGGGGAACGAUGCCGCUGUGCCGCUGCUGCCGCCGCCACAGAAACCCCACGCUGGGCGUAAUGCCACUAAAAGGGGGAAGCGAGGUCGGAGCAAACGCGGGGGGGCAAAACCGCAGAAGGAACACGCCGCGACGACCUUCAAGCGCCCCCCGGAAGGUGUCGUCACGAUGAGUCCGAAUUGGCGAGCCGCUCUGUCGAGUGCACCACCUCUGGCCUUUCCACCGCCGGUCGCCUUAGAGUAUUAUUACCCUCCUCCGUUCCUCAUCCUCGAGGCCCAGAACCACAAAACGCGCUACCUGCACAACUUCGUCCGCAUUCGCAAGUUCUGCAGACUCCGACUGGUCGACUCUCGUAUCAACGGAGCCCCUUUGCGCAUCGCCGACUGGCGACAUGCGUUGUUUGGGGACUAUCGCGUGGACGAUGACGACCGGGUGAGCGCAAUCCAUGGCGAGCCAGCGGACACAGGCGAAGUGGGAGAAGUGGAGGAAGGGAACAUCGUGGAGGAAAACCAAGCAGGGGGUCCGCGGCCUGUUCGCCCAAGGGGGUCCCUGCUGUCAUAUCGCGAGAGCGAGGCGACCAGCUAUCGUGGCCUGGAGGUGUCCGUCGAUGUAGCCCGUAGCGACCCUUCCUUGCUCAACCUCGUCGUAUGGGAGCUAUUCGAAACCAACUGGCAAUGUGAGCUUCGCGCGCUCGAUACUCGCCUCGUCGACCUCACUGGCAACUCAUUCCGCCAUUGGGAGCGAGAACAGCAGUUGGCCAACGUCUGGCGGGGUUCUGCCCUUCAGUCUGCGUUGUCCGUUGUUGAUGUUGGCUCACCAUUUUUCUGCUGGACUCCGGCUGGUCAAGAAGGUUGGAAGGCACGUCGUGCGAACCUGCAGGCCUUCCUGUACGUCCUGAGUGCAUGGCCGGAUUUUCCACAUUAUUCAGUGGUACCUACUCGAUACUAA